AUGAGCCGAGAGCCUACGACGGUGUACAGCCAGCCGGCCAACACAGGCUCGGGCAUCCACGAGAACACGCAGCUCGCCUCGGCCAUCGAUGCGCUAAAGCACCAUGCCAACCCGGUGCGCCUCGAAGACUUUGCGCUCUCGCAGGGUCUGCCGGCGUUGCUGAAUCCGAACAGCGGACUGUUUGCGCGCUUCAAGGUGCACGAUCGUGUGAUGUACGAUGCCAAGACGGAUCUGUGGAUGUACAAGCCCGACUACGAUCUGCGCACCCCUGCCGACCUGGUUUCUCUGCUCAAGGAUCGCUACCUCAACCCAGGCAAUGGCGCUGGCAACUCGUCGGCGGCGGGCAUGCGGCUGGCGGAGCUGCGCGAGAGCUACCCGGCAGCAAGAGACGCGAUUGAGGAGCUCAGCAAGGCCGAGCCGCGCGAGGACAGGGAGGUGCUCGUGCUCCGCGGCCAACGUGACGGCGCCAUCAAACAGGUCUUCUGGAAUCCACUCCGUGGCAAAGAAGCAAAGGGCGUAGAUGACGAGUUCAAGGAGCUGUGGCACGAGCUCAAGGUGCCGGAUCUUGUCGACUUGCCCAAGGAGCUCGAGCGCGAGGGUCUGACGACAACCGACAUGCUCGAUGCACCCGUCUCGGCAGCACAGCUCGCAGCCAACGCAAAGAACAAGAAGAAGAAAAAGGGAUCCGGUCCGCGCCGCUUCAAGCUCCAAAACACCCAUCUCGAAGGCGUCGACCUCUCGCAGGACUUUGUCAGGCCCUCCUAG